AGAGCAUUGCGUGUGAGACACUUGAUGAUGCUGCAAGAGCUGAUCAUCGUGAGAAACUGCUGAAACUGCAAUCUUGUCGCAAAACAAAUGCCCCCCAAGGCGAAGGCGACACCUGCCGCGACCUCUAACGCUCUCAUCUCCACUGGACCGAAGGGCUUAUCCUCCAGUGGUCCCAAGGGCAUUGCGUCCAAGCGAUCUUCGACCAAACGCAACGAGAACGGUGAGAAGCCGACAACCGCUCGUGCACUGGUCCUUCGCAAUGGCAAACACGGUGCUCGCGGCACGGGUGAACUGGCGGUGGUGACCAAGCUCCUCGGAUGCGAGAAGCUCGAUCUUCUGGCUGAGGACCUUGUCGACAAACAGUCAGCGUCGGCUGUGUUGUCGCCCUUCCGCAUCGAGACUUGUAUGCAGGUUGCAGACUCCCAGUGCAGCGCUUUCCUCGAUGACAUCGCUAACUUGCAUGAUCCUGCGCUGUUUGUCGCGAUCAUUGAAUCGGAAUGGGACAAUCGCGUUCACACCAAGGAUCCCAAGAAACAGCAGCCUCUGAAGAGUGCUACUGCCAUGGCCGAGGUCGUCGCCACCCGUAUCCACAAUGCCUACAUGCUUGCAUCUGCCUGGCGAAUCAUCGCGGAUACUCUACACGAUCUCGAAGACGACGGGCUCACGGAUGCCAACAUCAAGUCUUUGUUACGGGACAACGAAACAUUGCGGGCAAAGUAUCUUUUCCUGUACCACUUUGUGUGCGAUCUGGUACAAAUGAUGCAAGAAAAGUUCGCUCUGAUGGCUUCUACGACUCCCCACUACGCAAAAUAUUUCAGGCCAAAAACGGAUGGGGUGAUCCAAUUUGACUGGGACGCGCUCAAAGCUGCUGGGAAGUCAUUCUUGGAUUCAAUCAUUGUGGAAAUCGCUUUCCCGAAAGCGCCUUAUCCGAUGACUGUCCUGUAUCAGAUCCUGCGUGAUGCAGUCGACGAGUCUCCCAAGGAAGCGAAACGUUUUCCCCAAGGGCUUUGGGAUGCUGUUGGCGAUCUCUCGGUGUGUGUUGAGCUACAGGCCAUGUUGGAUGCUGCCUUGAUCGUGCCCGAAGAGUUUUCUGUGUGGAGGAAUAAGCCCGAGCUUGCUGCAAAGCCCCGAAUCUUUCAGGAGUGGCUUGAUGCGACGGCCUUGUCCGAGGAAGCGUUCGAUCCGAGCCAGCUUGCCAACUGGAAGGAGAUCAUCUACCCCCUUGUCAAGGCGAAGAAGCAGACUGUCUUGGAAAGCAUGUGGCUGGCCAUCAAUCAAGUUCACAAGCAAGUCGCCGGCAAGGAUAUUGAUUCUCUAUGGCAAGUGCAAGAUGCUUUGGCUCGAGCUCCUCAAUGGCACGCCUCGGCCAAAGCAAUAGUCAAGUUCAAUGCAGCCGCCACUCAAGACGACGAUGACGAAGACGACGGUCCACUUGGUGCCGCGGUUACCCGCAAGAAGAAGGCCAAGAUACUCCGGAUCACUGACGGGCAAGACAGUGACGACUCGAUGCCAGCCUUGCAAACUGUCUCCAACUCAUCGGACGAAGAUGAUGACGCAGUGGUAGUGUCCGACCACGACGACGACGCCGACGACGGCUCUGAUGCGACGGAGAGCGAAUACGACGAGGACCAAGAAGAUGAGAUCCGCGACCUCUUGCGCGAGGCCAUGGAUGCUGCACACGAAGCCGAUCUAUUCGGUAACGAUGGGGACACGGACCCAUUCAAUAAGGAUGAAGAUGAUAUUGGCAAAGGCAAUGCCUUUUUGAAGUUAUUAGGGUCGCUCAAAGGACGUGUUUUCAGCACCAGUCCCAAGUUGAAGCCCAAAUCGGGAACGCCUGCGCCACGCGGGGCAAAGUCCGGAUUCUUUGGCAAGAAAACCAAAACCAAAGCUCCUGUUUACCAGAAGGAGGAUCCUGCAAAACCUCAAGCUCCUCCCAGCAAGAAAGCCACUGUUGAGGAGGUUGAGGAUGAAGAUGACGCACCUGCCUCCUCUCCGAAGAAGAAGAAAAAAAACCCAAGAAGAAGAAGAAGAAGGCCGCGGUGGCCACUGCAGAGGCUGUGGACGCAGACGCAGACAGCGAGGAGGAGGUCGCUUCACCCGUUAUGUCCUCCCCAACUUCGCGCGUCCCGCCGACUUCCCCAGCCUCACCCAAGAAGGCUACCGCGCCCAAGUCCCCCGUGGCCAAUCUGGCAGCGGCCGCCCAGAUCUCAAGCGUGUCGUUGGCUAUGCCGACGGAGACCGCGACCGCACAAUCUGCUCGGGCUUACUUGAAGACGGAGAAUCUACUGGAUCAGAAGAACAAAGUCAAGUCUCGCUCCGAGGCUGUCCCCGAGAAGCAGAAGAAGGGUUUCCUGUCCAAGUUUGGGUUCGCUCGGUCUCGGGAUAAGCCUGAGCCAAAGAAACGCAGCAACUGGUUCUCUCGUCUGACGAAGAGAACGACGAUGAGCAUGCAUCAGCUGCUCCGUACAUCGGAGGACGAGACGCGGGGGAUGGCGUCCAUGAAAUGGGACGCAUUCGUCAAGCUUAUGCAAGAGAUGGGUUUCACCUACGAUCCUAGCACAGCUGGAUCCAGUGUCCGCUUCGAUCCGCCUGACCCAAAGGAUGUCUCCAUCACUUUCCACAAGCCUCACCCCGACACCACAAUCCACCCUGUAAUGUUGCGUACAUUCGCCAAGCGGUUAAAGCGCAGCUAUGGUUGGAGCGAGGCAGAUUUCCUGCAAUCGUAAAGUCUUGAGGUGACGUCAUUUAAACGAAUCUCCUCUUUCAAUGCUUUCCUACUGUAUGGCCUUUUUGUGCAGUUCAUAUGAACAACAAUUGAAAUCAUGUAUAUGUACGGGUCCAGUAACAAGAACAAAAUUGUUUCAAACGCGUAACGUGACCGUGAUGAGUCGUCACUGUCACUCUACCAGAAACCUGCACCAUGAAACGCGGUGCAGAAAAGCAAAUCUCGAAGGAUGAUGGAGCCGAGGAGGAGGAAGUCCAGGAACCAUCUGGCACGGAGGGGUUUCGCAAAGCGAAUGAUUCUGUGUUAGCCACAAGACAGAUAAAAGGUAUUCCUAGGCGAUCGACAGCAAGUCCUGCUUCGCCCUUCACUCCGGCAGACGUCGCGAAAUCAGAUACCGACGGUUCCUCGGCCCCUCCGAGAUUCGCUGGGUUCGCUGGGUUCGGUGCGCCGAGCGGCGGCAGCGCGAAGCCUUUUUCCUUCACGCCUCCCUCGGCCUCUCCCUCGUUCACCAAACCAGCAUCGAGCCAGCCGUUCGUUGUUCCCGGAUCUCCCACCCCUACGCCCCUCCCGCCAUCUUCCGCGUUCAGCUUCGGCAGUGCAGCCCCGAAAGUUUCGGACAAGGCUUCGAAUGCUGCGAAGGCCUUCGCGUCGAUCGUCGGUGGCAGCGGCAGUGGCGCCGGGGCACCAACGAGCCCGGUUGAGAGCCCGAAGCCCGCAGGCUCGAAUGAGGCGGCAGUGCGGUACUACACGUACCUGCGCGGGCUGAACGUGUCGGUUGUCGCGCACAUCAGGCAGGCCAUGGACACGAACCCGUUCCUGGACCUGGGCCCCGUGUUGGAGAAGUACGUCUCGCUGCGGGCGGGGAUACAGAAAGAUUUUGACAAUGAGAGCGGUGUGGGGAAAGAAGAGACCGUUGUGGAUUCGUCGGCGGCGGCGUCAUCGUCGAAGAAGCAGAACGGCGCGGCACCACCGACGCUUCCGUCACCGCCGCCCACAUCCAUGCCGGCGGCCCCAGCGUCGUUUGCUGGGUUCGGCGGGUUCGGAAAGCCUGCUGCCACGCCAACAUCCACACCGCAAAGCACGCCCUCCGGGAUGGUCACUCCUCCCGCCACAUUCGCUCCCUUCGGCAAACCUGACGCUAAGAGCAGCUCUACCUUGCCUACACCCAGUUCAUCCUUCAAGCUCGACGACGAGGGCAGCACACCCAAAUCGGUGUUCCCAGCCCCGGCAAAACCGUCCGUGUUCGGCGGCGCGGGUUCGUCCAAGCCGUCGUUUUUCAGCCUCGGUGGGCCGUCUCCGGCAUCAGCCUUCGCCGCGCCUGCUUCGUCGUCCGACGAAAAGCACCCGGCCUCCGUUUUUGGUGGCAAGCCCCCCAGCAGUAUGUUCAGCAUCGCAGGCGACACACCUCCCAUUGGGAAGGGCGCUGUAGGGUUUGGGUUCGGCUUCGGAGCGGCGGCUCCGAUGAAAUCCGAGGAAGCUAAGACCGAGGAGAGUAACACUGAAGCAGCCAGUGGAAGUGCACCUCCGGAGGCCGAGGGCACAAGCCAGGAAUCGACUGUCAGCACCGAAACCGGGAUGUCGCAGCAUGAUGUUGAGGGUGAGGGCGAGGAGGACGAAGACACGGUUGCCUCCUCCCGCGUCAAAGUUUACGAGUUGAGGAAGAAGGACAAAGACGCACCACAAAUGUCGUGGCAGAUCUACAGCGUCGGUUUCCUGCGGCUCAAGAAGCAUAAAACGACCUCCUCGUGCAGACUGCUACUGAGGAAUACACAAACGGGCCGAAUCCAAAUCAACUUCCAUGUUUACGCGGGCAUCAACAUGUCUCUCGCCAAAAGCUCGUUGACCGUGAUCGGGCGCGACGAAAAGUCGGAAGCCAAGUCCUACAUGUUCCGGUUCCCUAAAGAGCAGGAUGCGCUCGAGUUCAAGGCCACGAUAGACAAGCAGCUGCUUUGAUCGCUUUUUGUAUAUCUACCUACGUGCUUUGGCCUCGGACGCAUCGACUAUUGUGACCUUGUCAUAGAAUGUCCGUGGCUUUGGACAGAGCUGCACCACCGAGUGUAUUUGUAUCUCAUCAGGUUUUCCAACAAUCUGAUCUUAUCCUGAACACGGCCACGUGACUUCAAACAUCGCGGUGAAGCGUUCUUUUUCUACUCUUUCUGAAACCAGGUUGUGUAAU